AAAGCGUGUACUAUGUAGGUUAGGUGGGUUAGGAUCUUUGUAAUAUUUGUAAUGCCCGAAACCUGAUUAGAGCCUCAAGCAAACCGGUCAAACGAGGUUGAGUCUAGGUCUCGGUACCUAGGUUAUGUAAGUCGAUCCUUGUUUCUCUUGUUUAUUAUAAACACUACAUAGAUCCCUCCUCCCUCCACGAGAAGUUUUCUUUGCUUUCUACCUUCAAGCCUUCGCCUUAUCCUUGGUCGAGUUCCACUCAGAUAUACAUUUGAAGGGACUAGGUUAAGAUAAUCAAACAUAAGGCAAGAUGGGCCGUGUAUCCACUCCCACUGUCCUCCUUGGGCUUCUCGGACUUGUCUCAGCGGCUGGUUGCCCCUUUGCCGACCCGGCUGCUCUUCGUAGUCGAGCAGAAGCACCUACUGACGACCCGAUACUAGCUGCCACCGUUGAUGACAGCAACGGCUUCUUCACAGAUGACGUGGGUGGGCAGAUUCAGGAGCAAGAUAGUCUUAGGGCUGGCGAUAGGGGGCCUACCCUGUUAGAAGAUUUUAUCUUUCGUCAGAAGAUCACACAUUUCGAUCAUGAGCGGGUUCCUGAACGAGCUGUUCAUGCAAGAGGUGCUGGAGCUCACGGCACGUUCACAAGUUAUGGCGACUGGAGCAAUAUAACGGCUGCCUCGUUCCUAAGCCAACCCGGAAAAGAAACUCCAGUUUUCGUACGAUUCUCAACCGUAGCUGGAUCGCGUGGAAGUGCCGACACGGCUCGCGAUGUCCACGGUUUUGCUACGAGAUUCUACACCGACGAGGGUAACUUCGACAUCGUCGGGAACAACAUUCCGGUGUUUUUCAUCCAAGAUGCUAUUAGGUUCCCGGAUUUAAUCCACUCGGUGAAGCCAAGUCCUGAUAGUGAGAUACCUCAAGCCGCCACGGCUCACGACUCGGCCUGGGAUUUCUUUUCUCAACAGCCGAGUACGCUCCAUACGCUCUUCUGGGCCAUGGCUGGGUUCGGUAUACCGCGCAGCUUCAGACAUAUGGACGGCUUUGGUGUCCACACGUUUCGUCUUGUGACUGAUGAUGGCAAAUCUCAGUUCGUGAAGUGGCAUUGGAAGACGAAGCAAGGAAAGGCUAGCUUGUAUUGGGAAGAGGCUCAGAUCUUGGCCGGCAAGAACGCAGAUGCUCACCGACAAGAUCUGUUCGAGGCUAUCGCUGCCGGUAAUGGUCCCGAGUGGGAACUUGCUGUCCAGCUAGUCGACGAGGACAAGGCUCUCGCGUUCGGAUUUGACUUGUUGGAUCCUACUAAGAUCCUCCCUGAGGAGUAUGCCCCUCUCCAGAAGCUCGGCGUCAUGAAGUUGCACACAAACCCGACGAAUUACUUCGCUGAGACAGAGCAAAUCAUGUUCCAACCUGGACACAUUGUGCGAGGAGUAGACUUCACCGAGGAUCCCUUAUUGCAAGGCCGUAUCUUUUCCUACUUGGACACCCAGUUGAACCGACACGGCGGUCCCAACUUUGAACAGCUUCCUAUUAACCGGCCAGUUGUUCCCAUCCACAACAACAACCGUGAUGGUGCGGGCCAGAACUUGAUCCACAAGAACAUCCACGCUUACACUCCUAACUCGUUGAACGGUGGAUUCCCCCAGCAGGCGGACCAGAAGAACGGACGCGGAUAUUUCAAUGCGCCUUCUCGGAGCACCAGCGGCAGACUCGUGCGCGGUCUCUCGUCUACCUUCGAUGACCAUUGGUCGCAGCCGCGACUCUUCUACAACUCGCUUCUCCCCGUCGAGCAGCAGUUCCUCAUUAACGCCAUCCGCUUCGAGACUAGCCACCUGCAAUCCACCGAUGUGAAGAAUAACGUACUCCUACAGCUCAACAGAAUAAGCAACGAUAUCGCAGUCCGUGUUGCCACUGCUCUCGGACUAGAGGCCCCUGCCCCUGAUGACACAUACUACCACGACAACACGACUAUCAACAUCAGCAUUGUGAACAGCACGCUACCCACCGUCGCCACACUCAAGGUUGGUAUCUUGGCCAGCACAACGAAGGCGAACGGCACAGAUGCGCUCGACCAGGCUAAGACCCUAAAGCAGCGCCUAAGCAACGAUAACCUGACCGUGACUAUUGUAGCCGAGACCCUAGUUGAGGGCGUCGAUAAGACGUACUCGGCUGCCGACGCAACGGAUUUCGAUGCCGUAGUUGUUACGUCCGGCGCCGACGCUGCUGGUCUCUUUGCUCUAACGGCUGGAAAUCUGAGCCCACUAUACCCCCCUCUACGCCCUCUUCAAAUCGCCAACACGGCGUACCUAUUCGGCAAGCCCGUUGCCUACUUCGGCAGCAGCUCGCCGAGCGACUCGCUUGCGGCGAGCGGUCUGGACCCGAAGGCGGAGGGCGUCUACGCCAGUGCCGACCUCGAGACGGUGGCUACCGGCCUCGUGGAUGGUCUUAAGACGUUCAAGUUUACUGCGCGAUACCCCGUGGAUAAGACCCAAUAGAGUAAAAUGGAGAGCUCCGGGUGUUUAAACGGGUUUUGGGGUUGGGUUUGGGUUUCGUGUGUAUGUAUGUAAUAUGCUUCGCUUCGGCUAUGCUGCCGUAUGUAUCUAGUUAGAUAUUAAUGCAAAUAUCGUCAAACAUGCUGUCGUCUUGGCUUUUGUUGGUGUUGAUGUCGGGGAAGACGUCGGUGCUGUUGACCUACUGAUAAUAUGGUAGUGUUUCUUGCUUAGCGAAGAAUGCAUAACUAGGUACCUACUCAUACUUGGAGUUCUACGUUCAAGUAUCGGUCAAGCCAACUCAACUCUACCUAUAGUUACAUAAACUCGGGAACUUUAUAACAGGUAGGUAGAAAGUCACGAUGCAAGCCGUAUACGAUAAAUCACGCAAUAUAUAUAUACAGCGUUAUCUCCAUGCAUAUACUCCUGUAGCUACCUA